CCACGGAUUCUUGCAACGUUAUCGUCGCGAUUUAAAUCAUGAAUGCUAUUCUGAAUGCUGCAAUUGGGAGGAAGUUCGUGAACAUUACGAACACGACAUACCUGCUGCAGUAUGUUUGAUUUUACUAGUCUAUCAGAGCUCAACCGAAUGACCAGAUGCGACGCGCUUUUUUCCUUUUUGCCUCGGUGUCCUAAAUAUGCCCCCGGCACCAUAUUUCGAGCGGCAUUAGCGCUGCAUGCAUUAUAGCUACGUUGAUUAUGAUAAAAUUAUUAUCAUUACAAUAACCAUUUGGCUUCUAAAACCAAACGAUAUGCCAACGACCCGGUAGUCCUUUUUAUAGGCUAUAAAAACAAGAUCAAAAGUAUAUAUACUGGACAAAAUAUAAUAUUUUUAAAACGAAAGUAAAGCAUAACAGCUUUGUGAAGUUGUUUAGGGAAAUUUAGAUGUUGUGUCCACAGUCCACACAUUAUGUCCCACCCCUAUAUAGACGGUAAUCAAGCACAUCGGUAUAUUUAUUUCAUAUUAAACUUUAAACAUCAAAAAUAUAUUUUAAUAUAUUACAGAAAAAAUAUCGGAGAAAAUUCCUAAAGUGGAAAAAUAAGAAUGGCUGUACCGUAAGGAUUAGUAUUUUUUAUACCAUUAUAACUAUAUACUGAUAAUGCAUGCACAUACUAAAUAGUUCACACUACUUGUCUUCUACCCCCGCGGUUUAAUGAACCUCUGCAAUCUGUGUCUUCUUCCAACCUUCGUAACUUUUAAACCAACUGAGUGAACUGACAAUCCCCAGAAAGGUAGCUGCAUUUUAAGUCGACCAUGCAUAACUGCAAGCAUAAAUCAUCGGAUAUCAUACUCAUGGCCAUAUUAAACACGCAAUGACAUCCGUGCAUGCUUUGCCCAUGCAAACAAAGACAAAUUAUAUAGCUAAUGAACUAUAUAUCAUCCAUCGCUAUAAUAAAACCCAACAGUCAUUACUGUAUAUUAUCAAUAGUUUUAAGCGAACGAGAUUAUCAUCUUGCAAUAUUAUGUGAUUAUAAUUUAUAUACAGUAUGGCCUGCAUGCACAUUACCUUGUGAUCAUUGAAACACUGUUAGGCCAAAUAAAAAAAAAAUUGGUUAGCGUCACCGCCCACCUCUCGAUUUCUGCCGCCUCUGAAUUUUUUUAUGUAAAUCUCUUCGUUUUACAGCUUAAAACAGUUUAAUAUUUGAAAUUUUUCUCAUGCCAGACCUUCGCGCUAUAAUACUGAUCCAGAUAGGAGCGCGUGGGCUUGGGUACAAGGUUCUUAUAGCAAAACGGUGGCCUUCGCAACAUCAGUACAAAAAAUAUCACCGAUAUGGUGGGAAAACUGCCCCCAUCCCCCCAAAAAAAUACUAUUAAAAAAUUUUAAAAACGAGUAAAAAUUUUUUAAAAAAAGCCCUCCCGCCUCUGAAAAUUUGUGAGUAAAACAAGUAUUUUUUAUUAGGCCUUACUGCAUGUCACUGUGCUAUGCUAUGCUAUGAAAUAAUUAUCGCGGUUAAAGUUAUAGUACUUGCCGAGAAUAGCCAGAAUACAAAUACGAGGAGAAGUAUUUAUAUGUGCAUUAUAUUUAUUUUUUCAGAGCAGCUGGUCAUGGUAA